UAUGAUCUUCAUUGUCAGCUUUGUCUUUUCAAGAGUUCUGAUCUUCAGCUUUGAGUAAUUUCCGUUUUCAAUUCCAAUAAAAUAUGUUUUAUGAAAAAAUCAAUGUUAUUCAUCGACCAAAACGACGUAGGAUAGAGAAAGAAAAAUGGGAACAACAUCCGAGUAGCCUCCGAGACCACAAACAUCCUCCAAUAAGCCAAAAGAAGACGAGAGAAGGAGAAGAGUCGAAAUCGCCAUUGAAAUGGCUCUCAAAGCUUCACCUGUUACCGGAUUAUUCCCUCCUCUCCGUCCUACUGCUUCUUCUUCCCCUUCGACUUCUUCUAAUCGCCCUUGUUCCCUCAGGAUUCUCCCUCUCAGAACAUCUUUCUUCGGUAACUCAAGUGCGUCUCCUUCUUCUCUACUUCGCUUUAGGGUUUGGCUUUAUCUUCAUUUCACUAGCUUGCGCCUUGUUUGGAUUGCUUGGAGGAAAAUAGUGCAGCUAUUUGCUCAAAUUGGGUAACGUGAUUAGUCAGAGAGAGAAUUGAAGUAAAAUUGGGUGGAGCGCUGAGAGUGAAUGUGUUGAGAUUAGCUUGUGAUAAUAGACUCAGGUGCAAUGGUCAUGGUGCUACUAUGAAUCUUUUUGAACGAUUUUCUAGAGUGGUCAAGUCAUAUGCAAAUGCGCUCAUAAGCUCUUUUGAAGACCCGGAGAAAAUCCUGGAGCAAACUGUCAUUGAAAUGAAUAGUGAUUUGACAAAGAUGCGUCAAGCCACUGCACAGGUUUUAGCAUCACAAAAGCAGUUACAGAACAAAUAUAAAGCUGCACAGCAGUCUUCUGAUGAUUGGUACAAAAGAGCACAACUUGCUCUUGCAAAAGGAGAUGAGGAUCUUGCACGUGAGGCCCUUAAACGACGAAAGUCUUUUGCUGACAACGCUACUGCUUUGAAAACUCAACUAGAUCAGCAAAAAGGUGUUGUCGACAAUCUUGUUUCAAAUACAAGGCUCUUGGAGAGUAAGAUACAAGAGGCAAAAGCAAAGAAAGAUACGCUCCUUGCACGUGCUCGCACUGCUAAGACUGCAACCAAAGUGCAAGAGAUGAUAGGGACAGUAAAUACAAGCGGUGCUCUUUCAGCUUUUGAGAAAAUGGAGGAGAAAGUUAUGGCUAUGGAGUCUGAAGCAGAUGCACUAACUCAGAUUGGAACCGAUGAACUCGAGGGGAAGUUUCAAAUGCUUGAAACUUCAUCUGUGGAUGAUGAUCUUGCAGACUUGAAGAAAGAAUUGUCUGGAAGCUCAAAGAAAGGAGAGCUUCCUCCAGGGAGAAGCACUGUUGCAGCAAGCACGAGAUACCCUUUCAAAGACUCAGAGAUCGAGAAUGAGUUAAACGAACUGCGAAGGAAAGCUAACGACUUUUAGAUAUCGGCUGUUUCCGAAUUGUGACUGGGUUACAUUACGUUCCUGCUGUAAACUAUCUUGUGUCUUGUAGAAAGACACAAAAAGCAUGUGUACUCUUAAAGUAAAUAUCCAGCUAUCUAAUCCCCAUUUAUAGUUGGGUUAUGUACAUUCAGACACUUUUGAAAGUGUGGUUUCCAUUUUGACUCACUUUGUGUCAAGUGGACACGUUUUUUUAUAAGCUGUUUUACUCGCAUAACCCUCUAUCAGCCUCUAAGGCAUAAAAGAAAGAGAUUCGUCGAUUUAAGAUAGAAAUGCUCGUCU